CAAACACACGUGUUUAUCUUCAAGCAGUUCGCGAUUUUGUGAUUCGGUGAUGAUUGCUAAGAAAAUAUGCGAAUUCUUCAUAAAUUACCCCGUAUUUUAGUUUAAUCAUUAAUAUUUAAAGUAUUACUGCUAAGUGUCAAUAAUAAUUAAUCAUGAAAAGUAAACCUGUAAAGCACAAAACGACGAACACAUUUCGUUUUGUUUCCUUUGCUGAACGUAUAAAUGCAAUCGACAUCCGACAUGCAGCUUUAUACCACAUUGAGCAUAUCUAUGCAAGUCAGCCAAAUGAAAACGAGAGUCACUUUCAUCUGGCGCUCCAGAAAUGGCAUGGCCUCAAUUUGACAGAGAAUUUUAAGAAGUUUAAAAAAGAAGUCUAUGGCAUAGUGACUGUGCCACAGCUGAUACACAAGAAGGAUGAGGUUUUGCAAUUAUUGGAAAAGUAUUUGAAGCUGGAAGAUCAGUUGUGUCUGCAACCAUUGUUAGAAAUUCUGGUGUCUCUAGCAAAAGAUUUAAGAAUAGAUUUUUAUCCACAUUUUCCCAAAUUCCUAGACAUUCUAAUAGAUUUAUUGAACACAAAAGAUGCAGAAAGAUUAGAAUGGACCUUGGUGUGUCUUGCCUUUUUAUUCAAGACAUUGAAACCUUAUUUGAAGAAAGAUAUUGGAGUAGUUCUUACAAGGAUUAUUCCAUUAUUAAGUGAUGCACAUCCACAGUAUAUUAAUAAUUUUGCAGCAGAAAGUUUUGCAUUUGUUGCGAGAGAUAUAAGAGACAAAAAUAAAUUUAUUGAUCUUGUUUUAAAUUAUCUGCAAACCAAUGAUAAUGCAAUAGCAGGUUGUGGACAUCUGAUAUUUGAAAUAAUAAGAGGUGUUAGUAAUAAAUUUCAUAGUUGCAUAGAAAGCAUCCUGCCAGUCUUAUUGCAACAUCUUAAAGAAAAAAAGGAACAUCAACAAAUCUUAUUCAAAGUCCUAACACAAACAUUUGAAGACUGCUUACAAGCUAUAUCAGCUAAAGAGUUUAGUAUAUUCUGGAAGAGUAUCCAAACAUAUACAGAAGAAAUAUUAAAAGAAGAUGAGAAUAAUAAAGGACUCGAGUACAUUUUGAGAUUGGCUGGACAAGUUGUAGAACAUCAGCAUGGAAAAUAUUUAACGAAUCCCCCACAGUUUGCAUUGCUGUUAGUGAGAAUAAUUUGUGAGCAAUCCUCAGAAACAGUGUUGGAAGUAUGCUCGCAGAUUGGUGCUCUUAUGCUGCUUUCAAAAAAUAUUUCUUUAUCUCAAGAACAUGCUGGCAUCAUAGUCAAAGUACUUCUGCCUUUACCAUAUCCAAACAUUUUAAUAAAUUUCGUGCAAAAUGUCAUUCAUUAUUCACAAUUUGAUAUGCACAUUCUUCCAGCAUUUAUUAAAUUUGUAAUCCAGUCUAAUUUUGAUAACGAUGCGAUGACAACAUUGUCUAAAAUCUGUCUUACAAAAUCACCCUUAUCAAAAAGCGGGUUGAAAUUAUUUGAAUGGGUGAAAUACCCUAUAGAUUUUGGUAAAGACCUUCCCAAAUUGAUGGAGCAUGUUGAAAAUGUUCUCAAUGCUGAUCUAGAGGAUAUUGUGGAAUACCCAAACAGAUUGAUGAAUUUGCUCUUUUGUUUACCACAUGUCGAAAAACUUGAUGUCGAUUUUUGUAUCAAGAAGCUAAGUGAGCUUGUAUCGAAAUUUUUAAAAGUCCUAGCUAGUUAUAAUCUUGAAGGAGAAGUGAAUGAAAGUAUUUUCCACUGUGAUGCUACUCCUCUAUCAAAAUGUGCAAGAAAAAUUAUGUUUUUGUUAGCUAACACCUUAGAAUGUGCUAUUCACAUAUCAAGCUGUUCAAGAUUGAAAGCUAUAUGUGAUAUAGAAACUUUGCUACCAAUGAUGUUGCCAUGUGCUGCAGACCCAAAUUACGUUGUGGCAUUGAAUCUUCUUGAUUUAUAUUUAACUGCAUAUGAACAUGAAUAUGGUUUGACGUACCCAUUCUUGUCAUUAGUAGAUUCUUAUCUAAGACCAAAUGUGUCAUCACCUUUUCAUAUUGUACGGCUACUAACGACUCAUAUCUACAAAUUAUUUGAGAACGUCGAGGAGCUCAAUAAAACUAUACAAGUUGGUGGUGAAACUGAGAGAUUUUCAGUUUUCAGUAAAUGUUUCACAGUUGAAUCUAUUUCACCCUCUAUACAAGAAUAUAGAUUACAGUUAAAUCUACUUCAAAAGAUGGCUUUUAAUACUAUCCAGUAUGAAUUAGCAAAAGAUACUGAUUUUCAUCUCUAUGCUCUAAAUUAUAUGUUAGGAAUUUUGUAUGUGAAUUUCAAACUUCUUUGGGAACCUGUAGUCGAAUUUAUUGCGGGUUACGGUAAUGCUCUGACUGCUGACGACUUUUGGCCAACAUUUAAUAAAGCACUCGAAUCCUCUUUCGCUAAUGCAAAACAUAAUCUAAAGAUAUUUAUAUUUGAAGACGAUAUAGAAAGUGACAGUAAGACUUUGAAGGACCUUUAUAUAGACUAUACAAGCAUAGCCGAAAGGCCAGAUGUACAUAACUAUAGAAAUUUAAUUUUGAAAACAAUGACAAAUUGUAUUCAAGUGUGUGAAGCAAAAAAUAGAGAUGUUGUCAUUCUUUUCUUGAAGUUUAUAGAAGAAGAGUAUCGAAGGAAUGACACUGGUAGUGCACUUAAAGUAGACAUUGAAGCACAUAACAAAGUACAAAUCGAAAAAGAAAUGACACAAGAAGAAGAAAAACCUGCUGAUGCUAUAGAAGAACUUAUUGAAGAAAUCCCUGAAGAUACCCCAAAAGAUUCAGUUUCAGGCAAAAUGAUAUUCAAAACACUCAUAAAUAUCAUGCAAGUUUUAUCACAGUUUAAAAACCCUAGAGCUCUUCACAAAGAACCUGUAUUCUGGGAACUCUAUAUGGAUUUCUUAAAAAAUAAGAAUCCUGGUUUGCAAAAGUAUGCUUUAGAUUGUAUACUAAAUUAUAAAAAUAAAAAUGUUACUCCAUACAAAGCAAACUUACAUAAUUUAGUUGAUGAAAAUAAAUUUAAAGAUGAACUUACUCAGUUUAAAAUAACUGAGGAUUCACAAACCAUACAGCCUGAGCACAGAGAGCAUGUAAUUCCUAUAUUACUACGCAUUCUAUAUGGCAAAAUGACAUCGAAAUUAGGUGCCGAUAAAAAGGGAGGAGGCCAAACGAGAAGGUCCCUAGUUAUGAGAUAUUUGAGUGGUUGUAGUGAAAAUGAACAGAAAAUGUUCAUUGAAAUGGCAUUCUCGUACGUACAUGAUUUUAUGCUGAUGCAACCAAAAGAGAUAUAUACAGAAAUCUUAAACAACGUAAAUCUAAAGUCUGUUACAAGUGCAGGAAAACUACACAGUAUUCUAAACUUGUUCGAUGUUGUACGAGAAUAUUUUGGAGGUUAUAUGGGAGCUGAAUUGCUUUCUCAGUUUUUCAAAAUAUUUUACGCUGUCUGUUGUAACUUGGCUAGUGUUCUGGCGCAAAUUGAUAAAGUCCAUGUCGGUUAUGUCAAGGCAAUGAAAAAUCUAAGAGUACUGGCUAUCAAUAUUUUAGCGAAAUUAUUCGAUCAUUUUGAAAAAUAUGAGUGGAGCAAAGAUGAGUUAUUUGUUAUAUUCCAAACCUUAAUAUUCCCACUUGUUACUCGGUUACACAUUGAAGGUAUUCAUUCUCCAACAGCAUUACUAAAGUUGUUCAAUAUUUGGUGUCAGAACCCAAGAUACUAUGCUCUACUUAUAACAUGUUCUGAAGAAGACAAUUCUGUGAGUGCCUUACCAGCCAUAUUUAAACUUUUAUUGGCACCUAAAACUACUUCAGGAGUAGUUAAUAUGAUUUUAGAUAUGAUUGAAAAGCUCUUGACUCUGAUAGAAGAUGAAGAGGAAAAAGAUAUUCCUAAAAUAGAGUCAUAUUGCACCCUAGAAAUAAGUGCAAAUGAUCGAAAUGACAUUAAUUUUGGAAGUAAGAUCUUAAUUCCACAUCUGCCAAGUAUUUUGGAAGUAAUGAAGAGAAGAAUCGCUAAUACAGCGAAAUCUAAUACUGUUAAUAGAAGAGAUCUCCUGAUUUUAUCAAGAGUAACAGAAAUGGUCACAACUCCAGAGAUGUGUGAUGAUUUACUUAAUCUCUUAUUACCAAUAUUGGUUAAGAAAGUUUGUAUGAAUAUGGCAGAAGAAAAUAUGGAACAUGCAGUCAACACCAUAAUAAAUUUACUCGGACACAGCACAAAUCCCCAACGUUAUAUUAAAAAUAUAGCUGUUUUGUUCAACAAAGUGGGGCCAGUUGAAGUUAGAAAACUAUUAAUUAAAUUACUGACCUCUAUAGCCGAGAAUGCUAAAGAAAAUAAAGAGGUAUUAAAAAAAUUAGCGCAUGUGAUAGCUGAAAUGAACGCUUUUAACAAAAGAUGGAUUGAACAACCGGAUUUUGAUCGUCGAUUGGACGCAUAUAAACUGAUAUACCAAAUGUUAGAUGCCGAUGAAAUCGACGUUGACUUAGCGAUUCUUAUCGUUAAUAACUGUUUCUAUUACAUACGCACUGAAAAAGAUAUAGGCUUACGUGAUAGUGCAGGAUUAUGUUUGAAAAAGAUUUUGCCCAAAUUACUCCUAAAAUAUAGAUCGACUCCUGAUGGACAAUUUCUAGUUCGGGAUACCGUUCUUUCCUUAAUAUCCACGGGGAUAAGAGAUAGUAAAAAUGACUUGUUAAGAAAUGAAAGCAUCAUGUUGCUGGGAGAACUAGUUAGAGAAUGUAGUGAUGCGGACGUAGUGUUAUCUGAUUUAGCGCCUCUAGCUAAUAAAGAAGAUAGAGAGGUAGACUUUUUCGAUAACUCUUGCCAUCUUCAACUUCAUAGACGAGUCAGAGCACUGCUAAAGUUUUCUAAAGUAGCUAGAAAAAUGACAAAAUGUCCGACGCCCAGAACUCUCACGAAUUUCAUACUACCUUUAGCGACAAUUUAUAUCUGCGAUGAUAAAUACUCUGACAAAAACACCCUGAUUGAUGCUUGUAUAGAAGUCAUUUCUACAUGUUGUCGACUGCUGCCAUGGUAUCAUUACGAAGUGAUACUUAAGCUCUAUUUAAAUAAAUUACGAUAUACAUCGGAGCAUCAAAAACAACUGACGCGUAUACUUAUUGGUAUUUUGGAUGCGUUUCAUUUUGACUUUUCGAAAGCGAAAAAUAUUGAGUUGCCAAAAGCAUUGACCGCUAAUAUUAGAAAAGAAAAGAAGAAUGUUGCCAAAACCGAGAAAAUAGAGGAGAAAUCAGUUGAUAAUAAAACAGAAAAUCCAGAUUCAGCUGAUGAUUCCGAAGAGGAACCAGAAAAUAUUAGUAGUAAAGUAAAGAAUGAGGAGCAAAUUCAAGAAAUGGAAAAUGAAUUAUUGUCAGCUGAAGAUGUAGUGGAAGAACAGACAAGUAAAGAAGUAGCUAAUCUACCAGCUUAUGAAAGAAUGACAAGUGUCUCGCCAUCUGUGGCUAAUAGGAUCAUCAAAUCUUUGUCUUCUGGAUUGCUACCACAACUAAAUAGGUCGAUAGGAAAAUUAACAGAACACGAAGGAUCUCAUAAACUGAACCGUCGCCCCACAAGCGUAGCGAGAUUAGAGGAAGACAUGUUAAGGGUGCCCAUAGCAUUGGCGCUAGUUAAACUUCUUCAAAGAUUGCCUGGAGAUAUAUUAAAACAUCAGCUUCCAGGCAUUAUCAUCAAGCUAUGCUCAUUCCUAAAAUCGCCCUUGAAACAAAUAAGAAGCGCAGCAAGAGAUAUUGUUAAAAAAAUUAUGUUGACAGUUGGUACGUCAUAUUUAGGAAUCUUACUGGAGCAUUUAACUAUACUACUUACCAGAGGCUUCCAAGUUCAUGUUUUAGUUGCCACAAUUCACACAGUCUUAGAUGCUUUGAAAUCCGAUUUCAAAUCUGGUGAAAUUAACGAAAAUCUUCAUUACAUACUCAAUGUUUGUACUAAUGAUCUAUUUGGUUCAUUAUCCGAGGAGAAAGAGGUGGAUAAACUUCAUUAUAAAACGCCAGAAGCGAAACCAAGCAAGAAAAGUUACGUGACACUAAUGAUAGUAGCACAGAAUAUAACUGAGAAAUGUUUGAUAAAACUUAUUCUGCCUUUCAAAGAGGUUUUACAAAAACAUCAUUCGAAAAAAAUCGUUCUUAAGGUUCAGGAAGCAUUAAUGCACAUAUCAAGUGGAUUAGUUACGAAUAAAUUCAUUGAUAUAGAAGAUUUAUUUGUGUUUCUCCGCGGUUUGGCUUCAGAGAGUAUCCCAGAAUUUGUUUUGAGCGCUCCUAAACGAGAACUAACGGAAGCGCAAAGAGAAAAAAUAUUACGAGCAAAACCAGAUUGUUUUAUAAUACCUGAAACGCCGAAACGUAAUAAAGAAUCUCAAGCGAAAAAUGUUAAGACAUCUUCGAAAGCAAAUGCUCAUGUGUUAGUAGAAUUUAGUAUGAACAUUUUGUAUGUCAUUCUUAAAAGAGAAAAGGUUCCACGGAUGGAUUGCAAAGCAUUUGUAGACCCUAUAAUACCGCUAUUGGUAGAUGCCUUAAAAAGCGAUCAUGUCAAAGUAUCGACAGUAGCUCUUAAAUGUAUUGCUACACUGUGGACUGUAAGAAUAAGUACACCUACCUUAGAAGAAAUGGUUAAGGACAUUGUUAAGACUAUAUUCUCUAUACUACAUAAAUAUGCAACUUUUGAGAUCAGCACACAGAAUGAUAAUUAUCAUCUGGUGAGGAAUGCAUUCAAGGCGGUAACAGUAUUAGUACGGAAUGUAAAGUACUACAAUUUAGAAGCAGACCAAUUGAAAACGCUCCUCCUUUACGCUGAGGAAGAUUGUCAGAACGAUGAGAAGCAAGCCAACUCGUUCUCCUUACUCAAAGCUAUACUGGAGGCUAAACUCGUUUCCACGGAACUGCACGAAGUUAUGGAGAAAGUUUCUAGGAUAUGCAUUCUUAGUGAAUCAGCGAGGUCUAGAGACGAAGCUCGCGCGAUAUUCGUGAGCUAUCUCACGCACUACUCUCCCGGCAAACGUCUGGAGAAGCACAUACAGUUUUUCGUGACUCAACUCAACUACGAACUGCAGCAUGGAAGAGAAUCUUCCUUGAAGUUCCUUGAUAUGAUCAUCAAUAAGCUAAACCUUGCUCAGUUAAGAAAUCACGCGGACUAUCUAUUCCUAUCACUAGGCGCAUGUAUGAUAAACGACAGUGCACCAGAAUGCAGGGAAGCUGCCGCCAACUGCAUAGAGGCUAUGUUGAAGAAAUUCCCGCUUCUCGAGAGGAACAAACUGUUUGAUUUGGUGCUUGCUUUCUUUAAGGACUCACAGCCCGUUCAUUUCGAGCUAGCAGCUCAGCUAAGCAUACGUUUCGUCAACGUUGAACAAGAAGAAUUUCAGAACCGUUUAAACAACAUAUUAUCUUUAGUCAGCGGGAAAAUUCUCUUACUCAAUAACGACAUAGCUGAGGGUCGAUUCGUUAAAAUACAGCUCAAUCAGGGCGAAAAGACUGAUGAAGAGAAACAGAAAGAAAAGGACCAUAGUUUAAUACAGAUAUUGAAUUUAAUCGAUAAAAUCACUAUACACUGCUCGGCUAGCUUGAAAAAUAAGAAAUUUGUUACCGAUUAUGAUGAACUGGCGCAGCAAUGUCAAAUACUAUUGGCAUACCCUCAUGCAUGGGUCAGGUUACGUGCUGCGAAAAUUUUAGGAACAAUAAUAUCUCAUGUCAAUAUCGAAGAAUUAAAUUUGAAAGAAAAGGACAGCGAUAGAGGGUUUAUUUAUUAUGAUACCGAAAACUCUUUGAGGAGUCUGAUUUUGGAUUUGUGUGCGCAAUACACCCCUAAUGUGGCGAAAGAUAUGGCUGACCAGGUUACAGCAGUUUUAUUCCAAAUUUUGAAGUUAGUACACGCAAUGCCGUGCUUUGCUCUUUCAAAGAAAUUACACACUGAAGAUAGGGAUGAAGACACAAAUGCAAAAGUGAAUAUUCGAUGGAUACUGUUCAAAUUGAGGAAAGCUAUCAAUGUAGAGGUUGCUAAAGCUCCAAACUCUAUGUAUAUUAGAACAGCGAUAUUUACAAUGUGGCUCCACGUGAUCAGUUCACUCGAUACCACUGACAUAAACAGAAUAGUCGACGUCAUUCUACCGGCGAUCGUUCGAGAACUUUCCACCGGCGACGGGCCUUCGUCCGCCGCUAAGCAGUUGGCUGGGAGACUUGGCAAGAAGUUGAGAAGGAAAAUAGGGGAGAUAGAGUAUGGCAAGAUGGCUGCUGAAGUCCAAACGAAGCUUAAUAUAAAGAGGGCUGAGCGGAAAAAGAUAUUAUUACAAGAGAAGGUCAACAAUCCAGAAAAAGCUGCUAAACGGAAACUGCAGUUGAGAGAAAAGAAGAAACAAGCCAAGAAAAUAAAACUAGAAAUGAUGCACGGAAAGAGGCCGAGAGCUAAGAAACGAAAGGCAGAGGACAUAGAUAUUGAAGACGAUUUGUUUAAAGAUACUGAAGAAUAACAAUUUAAUAACUAAGGCUCAGGUUAAAGAAAAAAUGCUUGUGGCGUUUACGCACUUACGCGUUCAGGAUUAUUUCUAAUACCCAAUUGGUUUUAUAGAUCGAAUUCUUUUGAUCCUGAAGAUUCAGGCAGUUGUAUAAAUGCUACUUUUUAAGACUUUCGUCUAACUAAGAAUUUCGUCGCAUUUGGGUAUUUAUUAAUGCCUGAUUUAGCUUAGAUUCUAAUAAAUUGUUACUCUUGAAAUGUUUUUAUACAUAUUUAACAAUGUAACAUACUUAUUAUGUUGUUUUGUAAAUAAAUAUUUAAUUAUUA